GCAGCCGCCAUCUUGUGUUGGCGGAGUGGAGGUGGCAGGGACAACCACAUCCACCACGGGGGGAGGAGAAGGCGGCGGCGGAGGCGAUUCCAGGCGGCCCAGGCGGCGGGGAGGAGGAAAAAGAGAAAGGUGGCGGCCGAGCUUGGCUUCGGCUCCUUGAGGAGUUGGCGGCGGCGCGACCCGGGGAACCGGCAUUGAUGUCCAGCUCGCCGCUGUCCAAGAAACGUCGCGUGUCCGGGCCUGAUCCAAAGCCGGGUUCUAACUGUUCCCCUGCCCCGUCCGUGUUGUCUCAAGUACCCUCAGUGCCAACCAACGGAAUGGCAAAGAACGGCAGUGAAGCAGACAUAGAUGAGGGCCUUUACUCCCGGCAGUUGUAUGUGUUGGGCCAUGAGGCAAUGAAACGGCUCCAGACAUCCAGUGUCCUAAUCUCAGGCCUGCGGGGCUUAGGUGUGGAGAUCGCUAAGAACAUCAUUCUUGGUGGAGUCAAGGCUGUCACCCUACAUGACCAAGGCACUGCCCAGUGGGCUGACCUGUCAUCCCAGUUUUACUUGCGGGAAGAAGACAUUGGAAAAAACCGAGCUGAAGUGUCUCAGCCCCGCCUUGCUGAACUCAACAGCUAUGUUCCUGUCACUGCCUAUACUGGUCCACUGGUUGAGGACUUCCUUAGUGGCUUCCAGGUGGUAGUCCUCACCAACUCCCCACUUGAGGACCAGCUGCGAGUGGGUCAGUUCUGUCAUAAUCAUGGUAUCAAGCUGGUGGUAGCAGAUACUCGAGGCCUAUUUGGGCAGCUUUUCUGUGACUUUGGAGAGGAAAUGGUCCUCACAGAUCCCAAUGGGGAACAGCCACUCAGUGCUAUGGUUUCUAUGGUCACAAAGGACAACCCCGGUGUGGUUACCUGCCUAGAUGAGGCCCGACAUGGAUUUGAGAGUGGCGACUUUGUCUCCUUUUCAGAAGUACAGGGCAUGACUCAACUCAAUGGGAGUCAUCCCAUAGAGAUCAAAGUUCUGGGUCCUUACACCUUUAGUAUCUGUGACACCUCUAACUUUUCUGACUACAUUCGUGGAGGCAUCGUCAGUCAGGUCAAAGUACCUAAGAAGAUUAGCUUUAAAUCAUUGCCUGCCUCACUGGAGGAACCUGAUUUUGUGAUGACUGACUUCGCCAAAUAUUCUCGCCCUGCUCAGCUGCAUAUUGGCUUUCAAGCCUUGCACCAAUUCUGUGCUCAGCACAACCGGCCUCCUCGGCCCCGCAAUGAGGAGGAUGCAACAGAGCUUGUAGCCCUAGCACAGGCUGUGAAUGCUCAUGCCCUGCCUGUGGUACAGCAGGAGAACUUGGAUGAGGACCUUCUCCGGAAACUGGCCUAUGUGGCUGCUGGGGAUCUGGCGCCCAUAAAUGCUUUCAUUGGAGGUCUAGCAGCCCAGGAAGUCAUGAAAGCCUGCUCUGGGAAGUUUAUGCCUAUUAUGCAGUGGUUGUACUUCGAUGCCCUUGAGUGUCUUCCUGAGAACAAAAAUGUCCUCACGGAAGAGAAAUGUCUCCCGCGGCAGAACCGUUAUGAUGGGCAGGUAGCUGUAUUUGGCUCUGACCUACAAGAGAAGCUGGGCAAGCAGAAGUACUUCCUGGUCGGUGCUGGGGCCAUUGGCUGUGAACUGCUCAAGAACUUUGCUAUGAUUGGGCUGGGCUGCGGGGAGGAAGGAGAAAUUGUCAUCACAGAUAUGGACACCAUUGAAAAGUCAAAUUUGAACCGGCAGUUUCUGUUCCGGCCCUGGGAUGUCACGAAGUUAAAGUCUGACACAGCCAGUGCAGCAGUACGCCAGAUGAAUCCACAUAUCCGGGUAAUAAGCCACCAGAACCGCGUGGGUCCUGACACAGAGCGCAUUUAUGAUGAUGAUUUCUUCCAAAACUUGGAUGGAGUAGCUAAUGCCUUGGACAAUGUGGAUGCCCGCAUGUACAUGGACCGCCGCUGCGUGUACUACCGGAAGCCACUGCUAGAGUCAGGAACACUGGGCACCAAGGGCAAUGUGCAGGUGGUGAUCCCCUUUCUGACAGAGUCGUACAGCUCCAGCCAGGAUCCACCAGAGAAGUCCAUCCCCAUCUGUACCCUGAAAAACUUCCCUAAUGCCAUUGAGCACACAUUGCAGUGGGCUCGGGAUGAGUUUGAAGGCCUCUUCAAGCAGCCAGCAGAAAACGUCAACCAGUACCUCACAGACCCCAAGUUUGUGGAGCGGACAUUGCGGCUGGCGGGUACCCAGCCUUUGGAGGUGCUGGAGGCCGUGCAGCGCAGCCUGGUGCUACAGCGACCACAGACCUGGGCCGACUGUGUGACCUGGGCCUGCCACCACUGGCACACCCAGUACUCUAACAACAUCCGGCAGCUGUUGCACAACUUCCCUCCCGACCAGCUUACAAGCUCAGGAGCUCCAUUCUGGUCUGGGCCUAAACGCUGUCCACACCCACUUGCUUUUGAUGUCAACAAUGCCUUGCAUCUGGACUAUGUGAUGGCGGCUGCCAACCUUUUUGCCCAGACCUAUGGGUUAAUGGGGUCUCGGGACCGAGCGGCUGUAGCCACACUCCUGCAAUCAGUGCAGAUCCCUGAGUUCACCCCCAAAUCUGGAGUCAAGAUCCAUGUUUCUGACCAGGAGCUACAGAGUGCCAAUGCCUCUGUCGAUGACAGCCGUCUAGAGGAGCUCAAGGCUACACUGCCUAGCCCAGACAAGCUUAUUGGAUUCAAGAUGUACCCUAUUGACUUUGAGAAGGAUGACGACAGCAACUUCCAUAUGGAUUUCAUUGUGGCUGCAUCUAACCUCCGGGCAGAAAACUAUGACAUUCCCCCUGCAGAUCGGCACAAGAGCAAGCUGAUUGCAGGGAAAAUCAUACCAGCCAUUGCCACAACCACAGCGGCUGUGGUUGGCCUUGUGUGUCUGGAAUUAUACAAGGUAGUGCAGGGGCACCGACAACUUGACUCCUAUAAGAAUGGUUUUCUCAACUUGGCCCUGCCCUUCUUUGGUUUUUCUGAACCCCUUGCUGCACCUCGCCACCAGUACUAUAACCGAGAAUGGACAUUGUGGGAUCGCUUCGAGGUGCAGGGACUACUGCCUAAUGGUGAGGAGAUGACCCUCAAACAGUUCCUUGACUACUUUAAGACAGAGCACAAAUUAGAGAUCACUAUGCUGUCCCAAGGUGUGUCAAUGCUGUAUUCUUUCUUCAUGCCAGCUGCCAAGCUCAAGGAACGAUUGGAUCAGCCGAUGACAGAGAUCGUAAGCCGUGUGUCGAAGCGAAAGCUGGGCCGCCAUGUGCGGGCGCUGGUGCUUGAGCUGUGCUGCAACGACGAAAGCGGCGAGGAUGUUGAAGUUCCCUAUGUACGAUACACCAUCCGCUGACCCUUGUGGAUUUCUUCUAGGCUGGCCCCACUCUCUCCUUUCCCAGCCUUCUUCCACCCCUGGUUCCCAUUUGACCUCUGGCAGUGGUACAGCUAGCCAAGCCUGGUGUUCCCUCAUCACCCUUUACCUGAACCCCUAUUGCCACUGCUUUCUACCUAUUUGAAACCUAAAUCCUAAUAAAAAAAAAUACCAACCCAGAAGUGGCCUGCU